AACGCCGUCUCCGCGGCCGGGCCGGGCCGGGCGAGCGCGGCGGUCUCCGGCGGCGGCGGCUGCUGAGGCGAGCGACGAAGGCCGGGGAUUAACGGCAUCGCACCGAGCGUGUGGGCCCGUAUGGGGGGGUGGGUGUGUGCGUUGGGCCGCCGGUUGAUUUCGGCGCUGUCGUCGUUUUAAGGCGCGAUGUCGAAUCCCGGUACCCGCCGGAACGGUUCCAGUAUCAAGAUCCGCCUCACAGUAUUAUGUGCCAAGAAUCUUGCAAAGAAAGAUUUCUUCAGACUUCCUGACCCAUUUGCAAAAAUAGUUGUCGAUGGGUCAGGUCAGUGCCAUUCAACUGACACUGUGAAGAACACGUUGGACCCCAAAUGGAACCAGCAUUACGAUCUAUAUGUUGGGAAGACAGAUUCCAUAACCAUCAGUGUAUGGAACCAUAAAAAAAUCCACAAGAAACAGGGAGCUGGCUUCCUGGGGUGCGUCCGCCUCCUCUCCAAUGCCAUCAGCAGGCUAAAAGAUACUGGAUACCAGCGUUUGGAUCUAUGCAAACUAAACCCCACAGACACCGAUGCUGUGCGAGGCCAAAUAGUGGUCAGUUUACAGACACGGGACAGAAUAGGCACAGGAGGUUCUGUAGUAGACUGUAGAGGGCUUCUGGAGAAUGAAGGUUUCCCCAUUUUCAGAACGGUUUAUGAAGAUUCUGGCCCAGGAAGGCCGCUGAGCUGUUUUAUGGAGGAACCAGCACCAUAUACAGACACUACGGGGGCCGCUGGCGGAGGCAACUGUCGCUUCGUAGAGUCCCCCAGUCAAGAUCAGAGGCUUCAGGCACAGCGACUUCGGACUCCUGAAGUCAGAGGUCAUGUACAGACACCUCAGAACAGACCGCAUGGUCACCAGUCGCCUGACCUACCAGAAGGCUACGAACAAAGAACAACGGUACAGGGACAGGUCUAUUUUUUGCACACUCAGACUGGAGUUAGCACAUGGCAUGACCCUAGGAUACCAAGAGACCUUAACAGUGUGAAUUGUGAUGAACUAGGACCUUUGCCUCCAGGUUGGGAAGUUAGAAGUACAGUUUCAGGAAGAAUAUAUUUUGUAGAUCAUAACAACAGAACCACACAAUUUACAGAUCCACGACUACAUCACAUCAUGAACCAUCAAUGCCAGCUAAAAGAGCCCAGCCAGCAGCCUCUGCCAGCUCCAAAUGAGGGGUCACUAGAAGAUGGUGAGGAGUUGCCUGCACAAAGAUAUGAAAGAGACUUGGUACAAAAGUUGAAAGUUCUUAGACAUGAGCUCUCUCUUCAGCAACCGCAGGCUGGUCACUGCCGCAUUGAAGUAUCCAGAGAGGAAAUAUUUGAGGAAUCCUACCGUCAGAUAAUGAAGAUGAGGCCAAAGGACUUGAAAAAGAGGCUUAUGGUGAAAUUUCGAGGAGAGGAAGGCCUGGAUUAUGGAGGAGUAGCAAGAGAAUGGUUGUAUUUACUGUGCCAUGAAAUGUUGAAUCCCUAUUACGGACUCUUCCAGUACUCCACAGAUAAUAUUUACAUGCUGCAAAUCAAUCCAGACUCUUCUAUCAAUCCUGACCAUUUGUCUUAUUUCCAUUUUGUUGGUCGGAUAAUGGGUUUGGCUGUGUUCCAUGGACACUAUAUCAAUGGCGGUUUCACAGUUCCCUUUUACAAACAGCUUCUGGGGAAGCCCAUUCAGCUCUCUGAUCUGGAAUCCGUUGACCCAGAAUUACACAAAAGUUUGGUCUGGAUCUUAGAGAAUGACAUCACCCCAGUUCUGGACCAUACUUUUUGUGUGGAACACAAUGCUUUCGGGCGGAUUUUACAGCAUGAACUCAAACCAAAUGGCAGGAAUAUUCCAGUGACAGAAGAGAACAAGAAAGAAUAUGUCAGGUUGUAUGUAAACUGGCGAUUUAUGAGAGGAAUAGAGGCACAGUUUCUGGCUCUGCAGAAGGGUUUUAAUGAACUUAUUCCUCAACAUCUGCUUAAGCCUUUCGACCAGAAGGAACUUGAGCUAAUCAUAGGAGGCCUGGAUAAGAUAGACCUGAAUGACUGGAAGUCAAACACACGUCUAAAGCACUGCAUGGCAGAUAGCAAUAUCGUGAAGUGGUUCUGGCAAGCAGUGGAAACGUUUGAUGAAGAAAGGAGGGCAAGGCUGCUGCAGUUUGUGACGGGUUCGACGCGUGUCCCACUUCAAGGUUUCAAGGCUUUACAAGGUUCUACAGGCGCUGCAGGACCCAGACUGUUUACCAUCCAUUUAAUAGAUGCAAACACAGACAACCUUCCAAAAGCCCACACUUGCUUUAACCGGAUUGACAUUCCGCCUUAUGAGUCAUACGAGAAGCUUUAUGAGAAGCUGUUGACAGCUGUGGAAGAGACAUGUGGGUUUGCUGUGGAGUGAAAAAGCAACCAAAGGAAACAGAUGCUAGCUCAUGGACCACCAAAUCAAAAGCUAGAAGAAGCUUGCUGUGAACUUCCUGCUAAGCUGUCUGAAGCAUCGGAACUCUAGACAACUUAGAGAUGGGGCUGUUUCCCUUCCGCUGCUGGUGGAUGAGGGUGGGGGUAGGGGCUUUUGUUGGUGGUUUCCAACUCUAUUUUCUCCCCUUUGUUACAAUAACCCCUCCCCUCUUCUUCCAUCCCCCAUAAAAUGAAAUGCAGCCAAGUUCAGCAUUUGGCUUUGGUUACACAGGAUAUUCUGCUAGAUUUGUAACACAUAUUGUGAUAGGGUCAGUGACCUGUGGGUUUUUUUAAUAGGAGAAUCAAAGUGUAAUUAAGAAUGAGCUUGAUUUGCUGAGGACUUGCGACUGGUAGGUGUACCUGGCUAGGUUGUCUUAAAUCAAGCUUGAGCCCUUGUAGAGUCCAGCAGGUGCAGAGUGUCUGACUGGCACUGGAAUUUGCAUUGCACAUUUUAAACACCUGUUUAAAAAGUAAACUUCUAGCAGAAAAUACCUCCGUAUGAACAUUUAACUGAAACGUAAAGAAAUCCAAGCUCUGCCUUAGCAGGAAGCUCCCAGUGGAAGCUGUGGCUCACCUUGAGAAAAGUGAAGGAAUCUGGGACAGCUUAAAUGGUAUUGUAUGAUUUCUCUUUGGUUGUCCUGGCUGAAAUCUAAUUGUUUUGCACAUGAAAACAAUUAUUUCCUCCUGCAGAAUUACUUUCCAUCGUUCAUUCAGAUGUAAGUACCUUGCAGAGAAGCCUUGUAAGGAGGAGACAGAGGAUAAAAAUCUGUUCAAUCCCAAAGCUGUGAUUUCUGUGCCACUGUUUUACCCAAGAUGUGUUUGUGUGACUUUGAAUUCUAAGACUCACAUGGAAAUCGCUAAAAGCUAAGUCAACAGAGCAGAGUUCUGUUCUGAAGUUUUGGGCCUUGGGAAAGGUUUAUUUGGAGGUUGAGGUGAAAGGGUAACUAUAUAGUGAGUACAUCUUAAAUGUUACGGGAAGCUAUUGGAAGAAUUCAUUACUUCAGUUCUGUAGGGAUGAGAAUUUCUCCAGAGAGCCAUAUAAGGCUAUUUUUUCAAAUAUCUGAAACUAAUAUUAAAAGGUUUGUUCUUUAACACAUUGCUAAAACGACUUCCCAGGGGAAACAAAAGCAAAUCAAAUACCUGAAUCACUAACACAUUUUCCAGUUUGCACACCAAGAUGAGACAGUGUUUUAACAAAUAACAUGGCUUCAGAAAGACCCAGUUAUCUAUCAAACACGUCUAAGCUUAAGUAAAGCAGACUUGCUUGUAUAGGAUUGUUUUUUUUUUUUCUUUGGCAAGCCUGAUUUUUAGGAGAUUCAUUACUGAGACAUUUAACAGAUGUUAUGAUUAUGGAAUAGUGCAUUGAAAUUCAGCUGUGGGUAAGAGAUUGUUCUUAGAAGAUGUCUACUGGAAUACUUCUAUUUUGUCUUUUUUUAAUUGAAUUUGAUAAUAGCUUUAAACUGUGAUAGGACAGAAAGUAGACACUUGUCAAAACCCUGGCAUCUUUCUCUGUUUUGUUUGUUUGUGGUUUUCUUUUUUCCAUUGACCAUAAUUCUUGUGAUGUGUUGUUGGGAGUAAGGAUUGCAUCGGAGGUGUAAAAUUGUACCAUAUUGUGAGAUUUGCACGGGGCGGCUAAAGAUGCUCAUCCUGCAAGGCUGUACAGGAGAGGCGUAUUUAGACCCAUGUUCUGUAGGAAUCUUUUGGCACUUGGGGACCAGUUUCUGCAGUACUGGUUGUGGGGACGUAAAUGAAACUAUGUGACUCUUUUGCAGAAAAGAGAGGAGAUGCAGCUCUCCGGAGAGAAGCGUCUGUACGGUCUUGGGCUGAGUAGCAGAAUCCCCACAGCCCUGGCUUUUCAAAAUGGCUGUGAAGUCGUACCUGUUCAUAGCGUGUAUUUAAUCCUUUCAGUAUGUUUGAAUGUGCAAUAAACCAGUCAGAUAGGAAAAAAAGCAAAAUGGAUUAUUGCCCAAAAGCUUUGCAUGCAGUCUCAUGUGGAUUUUUCACUAAAAGAGUUUAAAAAAAAAGAUACUAAAGCCCACUACUAAUAAAAAUCCUAUCACACAAGCUCUACGUGCAGCACAACUGGCUCAGUAAAAAUCAAGCGAGGUGAAGGUAAAAUCUGUAGGUCAAGUAGCUUCAUGUCAAUGACACAGUUGACGUACGAUAGUUCCUAAUGUCUUUGCUAGGUCAGUGUUUUAAUGAAUGCACAAAAUAAGAAUAGGCAAGGAUUGUUGUUUUGAAAAAUCCGUCUGGUUUUUUUGCUGUAUUUAAAGCCCUUGUCAAGGUACCUCCUCCAUGCUGACAGUAACGAGAACAGGGCACUGUCUGUUUUAAUUAUUUCAGUUCUCUUUUUGAACAGCUUCACCACCUCUCCCGUCGUGUUGUCUUUGCAAUUUUGUGCCACUUCAGUGACGAUGAAGAUGUUUUUUGUACUGUUCCGUACGUGCGUUUGAGGCAGGCCUUAAAGCUGGUUGGGUGGAUGGAGGAAAACGAAGUGAGGCAGAAUGGGUUUUAAGCGAUGGCUUCGUCCUCCUGUGGCCGGUUUCAGGGCCAGGGAAGGGUGAAACGCAAACAAGAGUUUGGUUGGCUUGAGCCAUCGACUCUCUGAGGCCUCGGGAGCUGUUCGCAUAACCUCAGCUGUCUGAAUUUGUACGUUUAUUCCCACGUGGUCUGCCAGCACUUCAACUGGUGGUUACUUCUCAAACUUGCCCAAAGAAUAACAUCGAGUUUGGUGUUCGUUUUGUCAUUACGCCUUCCAUCUUGUGCACAGAUACUCUUGGAUCUGACCUGAAGGAAAUACAAGGUACAGCGUGUCUUUCGUUCCUGUCCUAAAGGCAAACCUAAAAGCUGGUCCGUUGGCACAGACCUUCAGUGCUUGCCCCGAUACUGCUCAUCAGCCUAUACUAUAUGCUCAGGGAUGUAGGAAACCACCACUUCGCUCGUGUUUUAAAUCGGGAAGAAACGAGACUGUUUUAUGAACGUUAGCGUUAACUUGGGCAUUAUGUUAGAGGAGACCCUGCUUCGAAAAGGCUGCUCAAAGCUCCGGAUGGUGAAAUCGGCGUUUGCUCAGCAGUAUGUACUUUGUUCAAGUCGAGGUGGUUAUGAGAUCCAACAGAUUUUGUAAAUGAGCGAUCCAGCCACCGGGCCCUCUGGAGCCAGUGCCCAGGUUCAGGGCUGUGUGGCACAGCAAGUUCCCAGAAACACAGUAUGGAUCUGGUUUUAAUUUGUUAAUUUUUUUUUUUUGUUCCUCAACCACUUUAUAAUGUAUUUUUUUAAUUUAUUAUUUUGUAAUGUCAUGUUUAAGUAUUGCUGCUAUCCUUGUUAUUCUUCCCACUGUUUUUAUUGCAGAUUUAUUUUGUGGAAGUUGUACACUAAUGUUUCAUUUUAUGUCUAAAUCAAAGUAUUUAAAGAAAUACUAGUUCUAUUUAAUGUGGUUAUGGAACCAGCUGGAAUAAACAGUGAUUGUAUAGUAGGCUGGACCCAGGAGGUCAUGUUCAUUUUUGUUACAUAUGCAAUAAACUCACAACUUUAAACUCUUGGUAUCCA